AUGUGCGAGGUGGUACCUCGUCGUAUUGAUGGCGGGCGGAACUCGGAAAUGAGUGCAACGCCUGAAGUGCCAGAAGUAAUGGAAGAUGGGCGCGGAGGGCAGUAUGGUAGGGGGAGAGGGGGUGGUUUGUUGGGGGGAGGGGAGGGGGCUAGUGACAGUCCCGCGUUGACCCAGUUGGGGCGGCAUCCGGCGCGCCGCCUUUCAAUCAGCGGCGUUGAAAACAGUGCCCGCCGCGGCGGCCGGCGGAAAAAAACACUCUUUGUUUUUUUUCACCGUCCGGUCCAUCUUUUCCACUUUAUUGCCUUCCCACUACGGAUCUACGUCUAUUUCGAUCCGCGGGUGGUAGUU